AAAUCUCAAAACAAAUCGAUUUGCGUCCUACUCGUUGUGUUUCAAUCGCAUAAUUUUAGUUGAAUUUCCCGUGUCGGUGCCAAGAAAAUACCUCAAAAUGCAAAACGACGGCAAGUCAAAACUUCCCUGGGUGGAGAAGUACCGCCCGGCAACUCUGAACGAUCUCAUUUCGCACGAAGAAAUCAUCUCCACAAUCCAUAAAUUCAUCCAGGAGGACCAGCUGCCGCACCUGCUAUUCUACGGUCCACCGGGUACGGGUAAAACCAGUACGAUCCUGGCCUGUGCCCGACAGCUAUACAAACCGCAAACGUUCAACCAGAUGGUACUGGAACUGAAUGCUUCCGAUGACCGUGGUAUCAAUAUCGUUCGGGGCCAGGUUCUGAACUUUGCAUCCACCCGAACGAUUUUCAGCGGAGGGUUCAAGCUGAUCAUCCUGGACGAAGCCGAUGCCAUGACCAACGAUGCACAGAAUGCGUUGAGGAGAAUCAUCGAAAAGUACACCGAUAAUGUGCGGUUCUGUAUCAUCUGCAACUACCUGAGCAAGAUCAUUCCGGCGCUGCAGUCGCGUUGUACGCGUUUCCGGUUUGCUCCACUGUCGGCGGAUCAAAUUUUGCCAAGGCUGCAGCACGUCAUCGAUGCGGAAGGAAUCAAAGUUUCCGAUGAUGGUAAGAAAGCAUUGAUGACGCUGGCCGGAGGUGACAUGCGAAAGGUACUCAACGUGCUGCAGAGUACCUGGAUGGCGUACAAGGAUGUCACCGAAGAUAAUGUGUACACUUGCGUGGGACAUCCGCUGAAGAGUGACAUCACCAAUAUCGUGAACUGGCUGCUGAACGUGGAGAGCUUCAAGGAAACCUACGAAAAAAUCCAAGAACUGAAAACCAACAAAGGUCUCGCGCUGGAGGAUAUUCUCACCGAGAUUCAUCUGUACGUGCACCGGAUGGAGCUGCCCCCGCGGGUUCUGUCCCAGCUGAUGAUCAAGAUGGCAGCCCUCGAGGAGCGGCUGGCAGGCGGUUGUGUGGAGAAACCGCAGAUGGCAUCGUUGAUUGCGGCGUUCCAGAUUGCCCGAGAUCAGGUCAUCGUCGAGGGUUAGACCGGUAAGUGUGAAUAAAAGUUUUUUGUAUAAAAAAA